AAUGGUUUUGAAAGGAAAUACACUAGUGGUGCCACAAGCAGCUCGAAAAUUUGCUCUAGAACGAAUACAUAGUUCACACAUGGGAGCAAAUGCUUGCAUGAGAAGAGCCAGAGAAGCACUCUAUUGGCCGGGUAUGACAAGCCAUAUUAGAAAUCAUGUACAGAAAUGCUCCAUAUGUCGAGACUAUGACAACAAGCAACAGAAGGAACCGUUGUUAGCACACGAGGUACCUCCAAGACCAUGGGCAAAAGUAGAAGCAGAUCUACUCAAAUUCAAGGGCCGUGAUUAUUUCAUAGUUACUGACUACUACAGUAAUUUCUGGGAGAUUGACAGACUACAAGCAAUAACUUCAGAUGAUGUCAUCAGGAAAAUGAAACAACACUUCUCUCGAUAUGGCAUACCGGAAGUCCUCAUUUCUGACAACGGUACACAAUUCACAUCAAGAGAAUUUCGAUCAUUCACGAAGCAGUGGGAGAUACAGCAUGAGACUAGUAGUCCACAUCACCAUCAAUCCAAUGGCAAAGCAGAAAACAGUGUAAAGACAGCAAAACGACUUAUGAAAAAAGCUCUAUAAGCGGGAACAGAUCCAUGGCUAGCAAUUCUUGAGUUCAGAAACACGUCAACUGAAGGACUAAAUACAAGUCCUGCAUAAAGGUUAAUGAACAGAAAAACAAGAACUCUGUUGCCCACAAUAGAACAACUUUUACCAGAGAAAAUGGAGGAACAUCACAACAUAAUGGAACGGAAGAAAAGGCAAGCAACAUAUUACAACAUGAAAGCCAGAGACCUACCGGAGCCGAAAACAAGUGAUGUGGUUCGAAUUCAACCAACAGGUAGAGACACAGUUUGGAAACCAGCCAAAAUAGAAAAAGUGCUACCAAACAGA